AUCUCGCAGGUUGAAUUCGAUGUAAUAUAACUGUACUGUUCGUGCUUGUGUGAGGUGUAAUGGUGUGUGACUUGCUUCGUUCUUAUUUGACGCAUCGUUUGAUUCUUUUCGAAAAAAGUGAUAUUCAUGUCUGUUUAAAAAACAACCUUCCCUGAACUCUGGAUUUUGUGCCCGAUAUAUAUUGAGGCGUUCCAGAUUUUCCAUAAUAAGGCUGUCCGAGAUAGAUUUUAGGCUAGGGCGACAGAUAUGUCGCACCAUAGUGAUGACAACAUGCUCAUAGCGACAAGCGAUUCUUUCUGGGAGCCCAACAACUACAAGAAAACGACCAAGAGGAUCGAGGAUGGUUUGAAGCUCACAACUGACCUGAUAUCCCUCAUAUCGGAACGGGCGGAAAUAGAGAAGGCUUACGCGAAAAGCCUGAAGACGUGGUCGAAAAAAUGGAACGAAACGAUAGAAAAAGGUCCCGAAUACGGAACGACUGAGGCAGCGUGGAAAGGGGUGCUCGUUGAGGCUGAUAGACGGUGCGAUUUGCAUCUUAGGAUUAAGGAUAAUUUAAUGAACAUGGUUGUGUCUAGCAUAAAGAACUGGCAGAAGGAUAAUUUUCAUAAGUCGAUGAUGCAGCUCAAAGAGAAAAAGGAUAUGGAUGAUGCAUUCAAAAAAGCUCAAAAACCGUGGGUAAAAUUGCUCCAAAAAGUAGACAAAGCGAAAAACGACUAUCACACAGCCUGUAAAACAGAAAAAUCAGCAAUAAAUCAAGAAAGAAACGCAGCAGGUGACAGCUCAUUAUCUCAGGAUCAGCGGACGUCUGCGGUGAAGAAACUGCAAGAUAGGGUUCAGAAAUCGAAGGAGGAGGUGCAGAAAUGUAAAGACAAAUACGAAGCUGCCCUUACUGAGAUCAAUCAGUACAAUCCGAAGUAUAUGGAAGACAUGACGGGUGAAUUCGAGAAAUGCCAAGAAAUGGAAGCAGUCCGUCUCAAAUUCAUCAAAGCCACCCUGUUCGAUAUCCACAAAUAUCUCAACAUCUCUCAGGAUCCCACGCUCAGCCAAAUAUACGAAGAAUUAAACCAUACAAUCAAUAAUGCCGAUUUUGAGAAAGACUUGAAAUGGUGGUCCAACAACCACGGUGUGAGCAUGGCAAUGAAUUGGCCCCAAUUCGAGGAAUACACUGAAGAGUUCAGGGACAUUCACAAGGGCAAGUCUAAAGAUGCUCCAGCUACAGGCAUUACGCUAAUUCACCAACGUCCUGUCGGAGAAGAUGUGCAUGAAUUCUCAGCUAACAAUAAAUCAAGACCUGUACCAUCCAGCAAAACAACAAUACCGGCCACAAACCAGGAAAAUGAAGUCAGAAAAACGGAUCCAGCGGAAAGCCCAGCCAAUCGAUCAUCCACAAUAACAAACGGGACAAAUAAAGAAGCGAAUCCCUUUGAGGAAGAGGAAUGGGAUGAAAGCGACGCGUUGGUUGACAACGGCGAACCAGGUGUACCAGUCAAGGCUCUUUAUGAUUACGAGGGAGCAGAAAGUGAUGAGCUCAGUUUUAAGCAAGGUGACGUUUUUGAAAAACUCGAGGAUGAAGAUGAGCAAGGUUGGUGCAAAGGACGCAAAGACGGUAGGGUGGGUUUGUAUCCUGCAAACUAUGUAGAAGUUAUUCCAUAAUAAAAAUUAUUUGUGUCAAAAUAUGAAGAAGAAAAUUGUUAAUUUUUGAGAAAUAUUUAUCAGAGCUUUCGCUCAUCCAGAUAUAGAUUUUGAUGUUGUGUUAUUUAAUGAGAAUGAAUGCUGUCUUUUCAGACUUGUACAAAUAGAUUAAAAGUGUAAAUAAUAUAACAUUAGUAAUCACGAGAUUGAAAUACAAAGGACAAUUUAAUGUACUUGUGCAAGUAGAUAUAUGUUACGCGAAUUUGUUAGGAAACUGAUUACAAAACUGUGAAAAAUAAAUACAUUUUUGUAUAUUAUAAAUUAUAUAGGAAUUUUAUUUGGAUUCGAAAACUGUUUUAAGCGUUAUUAUUCCUUCUGUUGAAUUCUUAGUUUUAAAAGAACUAUUUAUUAAUAAUCAUAAUUAAAUAUAUUUCUUAUGUUUUUGACAAAGUAUAGAUUUUCUUAUAAUGAAUUUCCCUGUGAGAUAUUAAAUUCCGUUGGCAUUUCAGAAUA